UGAUCAUGACUCUGAAGAUUUGCUCGCUGCGAAUGUUGCGGACCUUACGAUGGACACGACUGCUUCUGAAGCACCCUCUGAUGAACUCAUGGCGAGCGCGUCCACCUCCGAUAUCGUCUUUACCCCUAGUAAGAGUGGGGCCAGAACCCCAAGAUCUUCGCUUCGCUUCAAAGCUCAAGACCAGGCCCGCGUGGCCAACAAGAAGAAGAAGGAGAAAGAUGUCGACAAGUCCAAAGACGACACUUUGAAUCUUAGCAAGCAAGAGGAAGAUGAAAUGAGGCAAUUGGAGGAUGAGGCGGCCAGGAUCGAGCAAGGCUUGGAGACCUUGGAACUCGAAUUCCGACAGUACUUGCUCCUGCCUCGUAUGCGGCCACUCGGAAAGGAUAGGUUCCACUGCAAGGUCUGGUGGUUCGACGGGGUGGGAUGCAUGACUCUCCGUGGCAAUGAUGGGGAGUACCAGUAUGGAACUGGCAAGAUUUUCAUUCAGGGACCCUCUCAGGAUGACCUGGCACUUAUUAAUGCCAAGACGGAAGUCGAUGCUAGCGUUGGUCUUCGACGAGGGACAGAAGAAGGAACGGGACUGCUUGCACCUGGAGAGUGGUGCUGGUAUGAAACUCCCGAAGAGGUCGAAGCAUAUCUACAAUGGCUUAACCCCAAAGGAAUACGCGAGAAUGCGCUUGACAAGGCAUUUACGCAAUGGAGGCCCUUCAUACUCGGUGGCAUGCAAGCCCGACUCAAGCAGUCCAGGUCCUCGGCCAUCACAAUGCAGUUGACGGGAGCCCCAACGGGGACAGCGACCAUGACUGAGCCCGUAAAUCAGACGCCAGUUAUUCAUAUUCAAGCUGGAACACCGCUGGCAAAAGACGUUCUCCAGAACCCGCUCGCCAUCCAGACCAAUCCAGAGGCCGCCACUUCUGCGACCUCCUUGACCCCAUCCACACGCAUCGCUACAGCCAUCAAUACUCUCCAAGAACUUGUACAAUCACCGACAACAGCGCUCGGAAACCCGGAAACGGGAAAUGUCAUCAUUAAGAAUGAGCAAACCGGAGAGGUUCAAGAGCUCUCAGUUGACGAGUUGCGACGAAGCUAUGAAGAUGAAGAGCAAGUACACGAGGUACAGAUGCCCCAAGAGCUUCCACCGACGAUACCCGGAAAAGACGAUGUUGUGCCCAGUGGGAUAACCAUUCCCGCUAAAGAAGAACCUGAAGUAGCUAGUGAGGAUGAUGAUGAAGAAUGGAGACUAGAUCAGGAUACUACAACUUCCAUCCCUGCCAUCAUCUCGCAGACCGUGUCAUCGCCUGUCGCCGCAGUGAGCAACGCUGCAACUGUUGUGACAGAUACAACCAUUCAAACGGCACAAACAAUCAAGGACCAUUCCAACAUGACAUACACUCUACUAAAUGAGGGACAUUGGUAUGGUCGCUCACCUGCCGAGUAUGUUGCGAUGGAAUGGAUUGUUCCCUAUCUACCAAGACCCCAUCGUAAAACCUACACGUUUACCUUUGGUGGAUUCCAAGGUACCAUAACCAG